UAAUACCAUGGAGUAUCAAUCAAAACAAAGGUAAAAAAAAAACGCUGUUCUAAAAAUACGCUAUGCCUUCCAAGUCCACGCCCUCGGUGAGCCCGGAGCUGGAGCGGCUCCUGUUUCAGCAGAACAACAGUUGCACCUGUGGCGCAGGAACCGUGCUCCGCGAGGAGAAAAGGAUCCUGCACGAGCGCGUGGCGCAGCUGGAGGAGCGGAAAGCCGGGUUUCUGCAUGCGGAGGAGGAGGUGGAGGCGGAAAUCUUGCGGCUAAAGUCAGAAACGGCCAAGCGGGCUCGGGAACACCGCGACCGGGUUGCAGACGCUACAACGUUGCACAAAGACCGGGAGAAGCUUUUGCUGAGAAUUUCGGCGUUCCAGGCUAUUAUAGACGACGCGCGGAGGACGACGACCCGGCACCUCCAGGGACGAAGCGUUAGUAGUGGUGGGGCAGGUGAUGAAGAAGAUGUUGGACAAGAUGGUACUUCUAGAAAGGUAGAUAACAUCAACAUCCACACCGCCCAGCAGGAACAGGCGAUCCGUGACUUGGAGUAUCAGCUGGAGGAAAAAAAGGCCUUGAUUUUCGAGCGAAAACGCGAGAUUCGCGAAGAGGAAAGUCGCUGGAAAGAGGAACUAGAGACGCGUCGUGCAGCUGUCGCGACUUUGGAGGAGAAGUACGGGGCGAAGAAGGCGCUGUUGGAGCGGAGAAAAGUGGCGGAAAGAGAACUGCAGAAACUGCGGGAGGAGGAGGAGGAGUUGGAAGGCUGGGAGCAGGAGAUCGCGGGAAAAGAUGAAGGAGAAACGACCAGCGAGGGAAGCAAGGGUGAAACCGCACGACGCACAACGGUGAGUCCUCGGGCUCCUGGAAAUGAGAAUGACGCCGGUCGUGCAGCUGCUUGUACUACUACACAAAAUGUAGUGGGGGAACAAGAUCAGGAUACCGGCGGGGAGCUGCAAACCCAAACUGUGCAAGAGCAGUCCUCGACGUCCUCUACCGUUGCAGCCACCGAAGCGGCACGUGCUGCGACCAGCACACAUCAACAUGAUCAACUGGAGACCACCUUGCGGCAGGAAUUGGCCCAGAUUCGCGCCAUCGAAGACCAAGCGAGCAGCUUGGAAGCGGAAAGACUCAGACUCGAAAAGGAGAUCCAAGCCGCACAGCGCGCGCGGCGAGAGAAGGAACGCGAGCUGCAGCUCCUCGCGGAUGCCGAGCGAGUACAGGGCGGGAAAAAACGGUUUCUGGAAUUUUGGAAGCGGUUGUUACAGGACGUGGAGGGACUUCAUCAGCGAACAGACGAGGGUGCAUCGGGCGGGGACGCAAUCCAGAGUCGGAUAGACGCGUACAACGAUACUGACUAUGAUUUCCCGCCAACAACUUCUAGCUCCUCUAACGGAGAGGAUGCGACCAAGAUGUCGUUUGUCUUCACGAGAAAGCAAGGUGUGGCCGCAACACGACGAGGACAUUUUGGAGCUGAUACAUCAAGCACAGAGGCGCACAAUAACAUAAUGGAGGAUGUUGACCACGACGAGAUCAAUGACGCAUCAGCGCUACAAGAGCCUGAGGUAGAGGACUUUCUCACGCUUGAAGACUACGUUGAACGGACGAGAAGCUGUCAGGAUCAUGAUCUUCGUUUUCCAUGGUUGGAGCAUGCUGGUUCACUGGGGACUUCGGCUCCAGGCGAUCGUCAUUGGCAUCGCGCUUCAGAAACUCUGGAUGAUGCGACUACUGAAGGCUCACACGACCACCGAGUGCCAAGGACUCCACGAAACGACGAUGAGGCCUUUACAACUGCCCCCGCGGCGCAAAUGAAUCGAACGUCUACCACCCUGUGGCAAGUUCGUUUGGUGCCUCGCGAAAAGGAACAGGAAGAUUUGGAUUUGCUAGCACUGAAAGCAGCAGAGAGAGAGUGGCAGGAAAAAUGCCGAGUUUUGCAGCUCGAACUGGACGAAUUGCAGAGACGGUUUUGAUCGAUUUGCACUUGAGCGUACAGGUGCAGAACUAGAAAAUACUCUAAGCAAUUGCACCACUAUGCUACUCAAUAUCAAUUUGAUUUUGAUUUGAGUAUGUAUCUGAACUUG